GAUGGAGGCGGGCGGAGAGGAGGAGCGGGACGGGGACGUGCGCUCGGCUGGCUGCUCUGCUUCAUCCGGCUCGCUGGGCUCCUGAUUCAGAUGCGCCUCAGCUGGAGGAGGUAGCAGCGCUGGGUGUUAUUGGCCGAGCCGGCUGCCAGUCGUGCCAAUCCGGACCGGAGGGCGGGUCUCGGUGGCCCGGAGCCUCACCGGGCUCAGACCGAGCUCAGAGCUCCGUCUGAAAAGCUGCUGCGCGCUGCGUCCGCGUUUCUUUUUUAUUUUUCCUUUUUUUUCUCCAACCUUUUCCAGCCGCCUGCUUCUACCGCCGCCGUGCCGCCGGUCACUCCCGGUGAUGGGGGUCCGCGGAGCCGCGACUCCCGGUACGAGCUCCGUCUGACCGCCCCGGAGCUGUCCGCGGUGCUGAACAGCGCCGAUAUGAGGAGGAGGACACUGCCCGGGGAGGGAGCCUCGACGGCGGGCAAAGUCCUGCUGCUGCUGCUGCUCAGUGUGGUUCGGUGUAAAGAGAUGGACAAUGCAGCGAGAACCCGGCAGGCUCCCAUGUCGCCCUCAGACUUCCUGGACAAACUGAUGGGGAGAACGUCCGGAUACGAUGCCCGAAUAAGACCCAACUUUAAAGGUCCGCCGGUCAACGUCUCCUGCAACAUCUUCAUCAACAGCUUCGGCUCCAUCGCUGAGACCACCAUGGACUACAGGGUCAACAUCUUCCUCCGUCAGCAGUGGAACGACCCUCGACUCGCCUACGCAGAGUAUCCGGACGACUCUCUGGACCUGGACCCGUCCAUGUUGGACUCCAUAUGGAAACCAGAUUUGUUCUUCGCCAACGAGAAGGGAGCCCACUUCCACGAGGUCACCACGGACAACAAGCUCCUCAGGAUAUUUAAGAACGGGAACGUCCUGUACUCCAUCCGGUUAACGUUAACUCUGUCGUGUCCCAUGGAUCUGAAGAACUUCCCGAUGGAUGUUCAGACCUGCAUCAUGCAGCUGGAGAGUUUCGGCUACACCAUGAACGACCUGAUCUUUGAGUGGCAGGAGAACGGACCGGUCCAGGUGGCCGAAGGUCUGACACUGCCUCAGUUCAUCCUCAAAGACGAGUCGGACCUCAGAUACUGUACCAAGCACUACAACACAGGUAAAUUCACCUGCAUUGAGGUGCGCUUCCACCUGGAGCGCCAGAUGGGCUACUACCUGAUCCAGAUGUACAUCCCGUCACUGCUCAUCGUCAUCCUGUCCUGGGUGUCCUUCUGGAUCAACAUGGAUGCUGCCCCGGCCAGGGUGGCACUGGGCAUCACCACGGUGCUCACCAUGACGACGCAGAGCUCCGGUUCCAGGACGUCGCUGCCCAAGGUGUCCUACGUUAAAGCCAUCGAUAUCUGGAUGGCCGUCUGUCUGCUCUUCGUUUUCUCGGCGCUGCUGGAAUACGCCGCCGUCAACUUUGUGUCUCGACAACACAAAGAGCUGCUGAGAUUCAGGAGACACAAGAGCAAGAGCAAGAACUGUGGAGGUGCCGUCGAUCCGGAGGAGCUGGCCGAGUCCCUCCGUCGGGUCAACAGCGACCUCAGAGCUCCAGACCCCAUGUACGGAUCCAUGACCAACAUCUACAGCAACCACAGGGAGGGGGAGGCCAACGAGAAUCGGAUCACCUCCCCGGUCGCCAUCACCUCGACUCCCAGCAACAGCAAAGACUCCAAGUCGAGCGCCAACAACGCAGUGACGGCGCUGAACACCGCCGGAGCUCCGGCCAACGCUACCCAGAAUGCACCUGGGGCGGCGGGAGGAGGAGGAGGAGGCGGGAAGACGACCGAGGAGAUGAGGAAGCUGUUCAUCGACCGAGCCAAAAAGAUUGACACUGUGUCGAGGGCUGGCUUCCCUCUGGCCUUCCUGUUCUUCAACAUCUUCUACUGGGUUCUUUACAAGAUCCUGAGACACGAAGACUUCCACAAACCGUAGUAACCAACAUCUGCUGCACAUCUGAACCCACCACACAUCUGCAUCCGCCUCACCUGUCCCAGCUCCUGAUCCUUUAUUAUCUUACAGUCUAAAACAAUCCACCAGGAUGACUUAAGAGUUCCUUUGUUAUGAUUGGUGACACGAAGUAACGAGUUUAAAUAUUCAGGCUAAGACCUGACGGUUUUAUUGAUGAGUAGUUUACAUAUUCAGGAAUAAAACCCCACAGAAACCAUAUAAAAUACUACUUUACCUGACUGCAAUGGACAUUAAUGCUGAGACCUUAUAGAAUUAUAAAUGAGACAGCUUAACCUGACUAACGUAAAUAUUAAGGCUCAGAGGUUUAGAUUAUACCUGAGAUUCAAACCACAAACAAGUUACUUAAAAUACUACUUUAUGUUAACACUGAGACCAUGCACUGUUUUUAUGUAUUAGUAUUAUAAAUCAUGCAGCUUAACCUAACUGAUAUUAAUGGUAGGGCUAAGCCUCAGCAUUGUUAUUGAUGAUUAAUUUACGUGAUAUUGAUUAAACCUCCUACAAUGAUUUUACCUGACUAUAAAACAUGCUAAUGCUAAGACCUUACACUGUUACACAUGCAACUUAACCUAACUGAUAUAAUUACUAGGGCUAAGACCCAACAGUUGUAAUUAUGGUGCGAUUUUACUUGAGAUUAACUCUAAAAAAGUUACAUAAAAUACUACUUUGUGUUAACAAUGAGACCAUACAUUGUGUUUAUUUGUUAGUACUAUAAAUCAUGCAGCUUAGCCUGACUCAUGUGAAUAUUAAGGCUAAGACUCAGCAUUGUUAUUAAUGAUAAUUUACAUAUCAUGGAUUAAACCUCCUAAAAUGACUACAAAACAAAUUACCACUAAGACCUUCCACUGUUACACAUGCAGCUUAACCUAACUGAGAUAAAUAUUAAGGCUCAGACCCAACAGUUGUAAUUAUGGUGCGAUUUUACUGGAGAUUAACCCUAAAAAUUUACAUAAAAUACUACUUUAUUAGACUAUCAUACCUGUUAACAAUGAGACCAAACACUGUUUUUGUUUAUGCAGAUUUACCUGACUGAUGUAAUCAUGUAGCUGAGACUCUGCAGUGUUAUAAAUUACGCUGCUUAACCUAAAUGAUGGAAAUAUUAAGGCUCAGACCCUACUGUGUUAAUUAUGGUAUCAGUAAUUUACAUGUUUGGGACUAAAACCUGCCACAAAUGCUAUAAAAUACGACUUCACCUGACUGUAAUACAUAUUAACACAACAGUGUUAUUAAUUAUAGAGAUUAACUUGACUAAUGUGAUUAUAUUUGUGGCCUACAAAGACUCGAGAGUUAGAAAUUACUACGACCCGACAAAAUUAAUUAUUAUGGAGAUUAAGCCAAAAAAGUAGUUUUCUUUACCGUUUUCCAGUUUUCUUUUUAAAAAUUUUUUAUGGAUAAUAUGACUGUUUAUUAUUGUUCAUUUUGAAAUCUUCAGUCAGCAUCAGUUGUGGAAUUAAGAAUUAAUUAAACUAAUGUGUCCGGUAAAGCUGAAUAACAGACUCAUGAUGAUGGCAGGAUAUCUGGAGAAUUUAGGACUUCUUUCUCUGUUUGGGCCCAGAAAUGAAUCAAUAAUUUACCUUAAUAUAAGAAUUAGAUUUGAAAUAGAGCCAUAGCAGCAGCUAGUUGCAAUGUGAUUAAUCAUCAGAACAGAGCGUUUGGAGAUUAGGAGUUUGGGCUUAGAACUAAAUCUCUGAAAGUCCUUUAACUUAAGAAUUAUAUUAGUAUUUGAGUGGAAGCAACAGCACUGUAGUUAUUCUUGAGAACAGAGCACAAAAUAUCUGGAAAAUUUAGGACUUCUGACUUCAUUUGGGCUUAGAAAUGAAUCUCCAAAUUUUCUUUAACAUAAGAAUCAGAUUUGAAUUUAAGCAGUAGCAGCAUCUGGUUACAGGUUGCUCUGUAGUUAUUCCUGAGAAUAGAUCACAGGAUAUCUGGAGAAUUUAGGACUUUUGACUUCAUUUGGGCUCAGAAACAAGUCUCUGAAUUUCCUUUAACUUAUAAAAUAUGAGGUGUGUAAGUCAGAACAAACUGAAAUCUAGCAGACAGGACGCAGUAAUAACUUUGGUCUCUGCUGCAGUAAAACUAGAUCAGGUUUAGGUGGUUAAUUUGCACAGAGCUGCUGCUAGUAAACAACUUUUCCUUCAUGCUGACUGAGCUGUUUGCUGCAGACGUUAAAGUGUCUCAGAGUGGAGAAUUUCCUUCACUGCCUCUUUAAACAGUCACUGAAACAUCCACAUAUAACCAUCAUGUCUGCAGAUGUGUUUGUUGUUCGACGGUCUACAAACUCGCCAUGCAGGGCGACUGCAGCUGCUUUAGUCAGGAGUCUGUGACCGAGAUUCAGAAAGAGCAAAAAGUUCCAGAUUGUGGGUCUCAAACCACCUCCUUCCAUUAACGAAACACAUGCUGCAAGAUAAGAUAAUAAAAACAUCUCAUUUACUGAUUUAGCCAAACUGUUAACACGUUUAAAGGUAAAUUCAAGUCGAGGUAACUUCAUGAUUUUAUUCCUAAUUCUAAAAGACUGAUGCAGGCUGUUCUGUUGAACCCAAAUAUCCUUCUUUAGAGUAAAAGUUUGUCAUGUAAACACAAAAAAAGGUUUAUUAACCCAACAACAGUCAUCAGACACAACAUUAAAACCAGCCGAUGGAUCAUCUCCUCAUGUAGCUCAGUUCAGGAAGAGCUGAGAGACUUUAACAAACUGGACCAGAACAUCUCCAGAAGAGUAGGAGUUCUACAGCGGUUAUUAAAAGUGUCCAGAGAAGGAGAACCGGAGAACCAGAAACGUGGACACCAGAGGAUCCCUCAUGCAGGAGGUCUGAUACCACAGAAGAGCUGCUGAUAGAAUGAACUCAGAACAUCUCAGAACAUCUCAGAUUGAGUCCAUGCUGACUCCUGUCCACCACUGGAAGCUGCUACAGCAUCACAGCUGGACCAUGACCAGAUGGAAGAAGGAGUCCUGCUCUGAGGAGUUUCCUUCUCCAUCAUAUGGACGUCCAGGUGUGUCGUUUACCUGCAGAGGAAAUGCAGCAGGAUGGAUGGAGAUGUUCUGCUGGGGAACAUGAAGUCCUGCAUUCAUGUGGAUGUUCCUUUGACCACCUUCAUGGCAGCUUCAUUCCCUGAUGGAUCUACUGAUGGUUAGAGGAACACAACCAAGAGUUCAAGGUGUCGAUUUCACCAGGUCUAAAUCCUGAUCCAGCAUUGGUGGGAUGUUCUGAUCACAGCUUCCAGGACUUGAAGGAUCUGCUGUCGGUGCAUCAAACCUGCAGAGCACUGACCAAUCAGGUUUAGUUUUAACAAUACAUAUCUUUAAGUUGAGAAGAAAAGGACUGAAAACCCAAAGUUUGCUUAGUCAAGUUGGAAAUUUGUAUCACUACCCUCAAGACAAAUAGCAACAAAAACUACUGCAGUAUUCAAAAGGAAUGCACUGAAAAAUACAGGCGUUUUAAAACAGAGGAAUGGUUGCCAUACAGUUUAAAUUAUGCUGGAUGUCAUUAAGUUUAGAACAAAAAUUAACUGGUGAUACUGCUAAAGAAGAGGAAUGUGGUGGGAGUGGCGUAGUGUGGGUUUUGGUCUAGUGCCUGGAGUGUCUGGAAUUAACAGUAGCCUCCACUUGCUCCCUUGUUGCCAUCAGUGAGUCUGGGAGUGAUUUACCAGUAUCAACCAAUCAGAGCCGUUUUUACUGAGGAGUCCGGCUGGGUUUAAUGUUGUGGCUGAUCAGUGUCAGUUGUACCGUCCCUUUAAGAGCAGCACCUGGUUGGUUUGUGGAUGUUCCUAUCACAGCUUCAGGUCUUCAGCAGGUUGAACCUCAUCUUCAUGCUGUGUUUUCUCCUCCACUGACCUUCACUGUGACCUGCUGCCACUCCUGAGACUCUUGGAUCCAUUCCAACACUGUGACAUAAACCAGACUCAAUAAACUCCAAUGAUGGAGCAGGUUUAAGGAGCUGCUUUGGUCGGACUCCUCAGAGGAUACGAAGCAUUCACGCACUGUUUCGCCCACUCGUGUCUUACAGCUCAGCUGCCAACGUUGUGAUUUUCUCCCCUCCCAGCCUCAGACGUCUCUUCUCACCCACUCAGCCGUCCAUACUGCGCCGAACACGACUGUUUUCAUGACGCCGUCGGCUCCUCUGUGCUGUAAAAUCACCAAACCCACCCUCUGUUUACACUGUGGCCAAUGCUGCCGCUCUUCCAGUACUUUCCACUUCACCCUGGGGAACAUUUAGCAGUUUUCAGACACGAGUUUUAGGAAUUUAUGCUGAAAAAAAACCCAAGACGUUUCAGAACGCUUACAUUCAUGUCUGUUGGAUCAUUUAAAAAAUACGACAUCACAGCCAGCAGGAUGGUGGAAGUGUUCAGAGGUUAUUUCUGUCAAACGUUCAGUUAGAAUGAAGUCCUUCAGGAUGUUGGAGAUUCUGUGGAGGUUCGGUCCUGCUUUUGAUGAAAAAUAGGUGGAUAUUUAGCCCCUCAGUUGAGAUUUAAAUAAUAAAUGUGUCGUUUGAUUGUGGAAUAAGGAGAGCACAGUCUGCAGCAAAAUGCUACGAAGGAAAACUUUUAAUAAUUUUCAUAAUCACUUAGCAACGGGCACCAUGACAAAGACUUCUGUAAUGUUAAAUGAAUGAAACUCACCACAAAAAAGAGGUGAAAAUACCACAAAAGACACAAAAUCUUCACUUGAAUCAAAAUUACCAAAAAGAUGCAAAAUCACCACAAAAAGAUCAUGACAAAGUCUUCUGUGGCGCUUAAUGACCUCCAAACACAAUUCCUUGAAGAGACGACUUGAGCUCAGUGGACAAAAAGGGCAGAAAUUACUACAAAGAAACACAAAAUCACCAUUUAAAGAGGCUUAACUACCAAAUAGAUGCAGAAUCGCUCCGAAAAGACUCAAAAUUGUCACAAAGAGUCAAAAUCACCACAAAAAAACUAGACAAAGACUUCUAUGACACUUAAUGACCUCCAAACAUAACUCAUUGAUGACACAACUUGAGCACAGUGGACAAAAAAAGGGCAUAAAUUACCAAAAAAAACACAAAAUCACCAUAAAAAAAAAAAGCAAAAUCACAACAAGGGCCAAAACUACCACAAACAGCCACAAAAAUCCCUAUUUAAAGAGGCUAAAUUACCAAAUAGUUGGAAAAUCACCACAAAAAGAUUCAAAAUUGGCACAAAGAUUCAAAAUCACCACAAAGAGACUCAAAAUCACUACAAAAAGAUUCAAAAUCACCACAAAAAGACCAUGACAAAGACUUCUUUGACGCUUAAUAAUAAUAAUAGUAAUAAUAAUAAUAAUAAUAAUACAUUUUAUUUAUAGGCGCCUUUCAUAACACUCAAGGUCACCGUAAAGAGGACACAAAGUUAAAACACAUUCAAAUAUAUAGUAUAAAAUGUAAAAAAUAUUAAAAAUUUAAAAGAAGGAAAUUUAGCAAUUUUAAAACAACAGAAGGAGAAGGAGGAAUGGAGGUCAAAGUGAGUAUGAUUGAACAGGUGGGUUUUGAGAGUGGAUUUGAAAAUGUCCAGUUUGUUGAUGUUCCGACCUCCAAUCAGACUCCAUCAAACUCGAUGACACAACUUGAGCUAAUUUUUUCGGUGGUGAUUUUGCUGUUUUUUGGAGGUCAUUAACAAACACAUUAGUCUUUGUCAUGGUGCCCGUUGCUGCUAAGCUCCAACAAUGCUCUCUAACAUGAACUGUAGUCUGACACCUCCUCUGGUCUCUACAGUUUUAUAUUUCCUGUCCAGAGGAGAAGUUUUUUGACGUGGAGGAUCUUGCUCCUUGAUGCUAGGCAGCUCGGUAACGUACGAUAGAUCAUUAGCAGUUAGCAAAACAUUUUUCUAAAGUCUCCAGAGUCAUUGGAUAACAUUGAAAUGGAAUUGUUUUGUUGGUUUUUAUGUUACUACACGAUCCAAACCCUCGACAAAACCGUUCUGACGUGGAUUUUGGAGACAGUAAUGUGCAUGUUAAACUGUGAGAGGCUCCACCUGGUGGAAGAACCAGGAACUACAGCUGAUCUACGAUGCAUUUACUGACAUCAUGGAGAGAAUACAGGUUUACUACAUCUAUUAAGUUGUAAAGUAGACACAGUGCAUGGAUUAUAGUGACUUUAACGUACUUAAAGUGAGUGUUAUCAGGGAACUUGUGCCUGAUUGGCAGCUGGACAAACAAAACUCAGUCAGGACGUCCCUAAAGGUUCUCAGUUUCUACCUGCAGCUGGAAAAACACAGUCAGCUGGUGUUUCCUCAUAGUUGAGAUACUGCUACGUCAUCUAAAAUGGUUGAGGAUGGUGAAGUCCAACACCGACAGCGACAUACAUAUUUAUUUAGAGUUUAGUUUCCAAAUGGAGGGGCGCUCCACUAGAUGUACGUAUAAACGCGAUAAACUGAAUGUUAUCAAGAAAUGUCUUUAAAUUCAGUUACAGAAACACAGAUAGAAAAGUUAUGUUUAUCUGCAGGUUACGACUGUUUAACUCAUAAAAACCAGAUGAUAAUCACAUCACAGCGGAUCUCUUCAGGGCACUGAUGUUAGAUGCACUCUGGUCUGGAACUGGUUUUGCAGCUUUUUAGGAAUUUAAAGUUGCCUGACUGAAAAACUGCUCAAAGCUUUAGGGUUGAACUCUAUGUCAGUGUGAGUCAGGAAGCACUUCCUUACUGUAUUUUGUAAUUCUUUGCUUUUUUUUCAGUCACAUUCUCAGAUGUGGACCCUUCGGUUCAAACAGCUCCUUUGGAAUUUAGUUUUCCUUGGAAGCAGCUUUGACUCCUGGCAGCUGCUAACGCUAGCAGAUUCUGGCUGCUGUUGCAUUACAUCAUGUUUUCUCUGCCCUGAAGCAGCAUCGUGUGUUUUAAACUCAGCGAUUGGACCCGUUUCCAAGAAAUGUCAGACUUUUCUGGCUGCACACCUUGAGACUGUUGAGAGUUUUCUGAUCCCGAUAGUCGCUCAGGUUUAUUCAUCAGCUGGUUGGCCGUUUAUCGAGGGUUAAAAUAUGCAGAAGUUCUUUCUGAUAAAGAAGAAUUCCUGCGGUGAGACUCGACUGUUUCCUUUAGCCCAGUUGGCUCUGCUCUGCUCCACAGCUGCAUCGGUGUCCUCAUGAGUUUUUAAUGCGACUCAGAUGCUGCAGAAACUUAUCAGAGUUUGGGGCCAAACUGUCUCUGGAGGAUUCUGCUCGUUGCACUUCCUCAUGAAGCAAUAAAAACAGCAACAGUAAGAGCAGCAGUGGCUUCUUUCUCUGCUCUGGUUUUUACAGUCUGCUGUAAAUGCAAACAACAUGCAAAGCUUCGUUCCUGAGAAGCUUCAGACUGUUUCCUGGAAGGAUGUUCGCUCGGCUUUUGUUCCCCAUCCAGCCGCCGUACGUUAUUUAUGUUGCCGUUUCCCCAACAGAAAUAUUUGCAUGAGUCUAAUGAAAACAGCCUCUUUCUGUUUCUGGUGUUUGUAUGAAAUCAGAAAAAUUCCAGACGUUUCAGACUUCACUGGUUCUUGGAAAAGAGAAAUAAGAGUCUCCAAAAAAUCCAAACUACAUCCUGGUGGCACAAAAGUAUAUAAAGGCCGAAUACGUGAGGGUCAUAGUCCAGAAAACACCAACCAAACCUGAAAAAAACCUCCUGAGAACCUCCUCAGAACCAUCUGGUUCUUCAUCUCCAGUAACUUUAUUAAUGAUCAGACUUCUACAUUCAUACUGUGAAUAUUUACAGAGUUCCAGGUCCUUGAAGUCCAUAGAGGAGAAAGUCCCCUGUAAAAAGUUCUAGAGUAGACCUACCGAGUCUACUCCAGAACUUUCUCCAGUUGUCGGUAGGUGUACUCUAGAACUUUCUACAGGGGACAUUCUCCUUUCUGGCUUCUAGUCUUUAGUCUCACUUAGAACAUUCAGAACUUAAUACCUUGAAAUCCAUAGAGGUGGGUCCAGAAAGACCAGAAAAUUGUAGCUGAAGUUCAUCGAAAAUGCUUCAAAACUUUCCCCAAGUUACUUGAAACUUAAUGACAAAAUGACACAAACCUUUCCUAAAUGAUUCAAAACCUGUCUUUAGUUAGUAAAAAAAUAAACCAAAAUGACCCAAAAUGUCCAAAAUUAUUUAAUGAUCAGAGUUCUACCUUCAUACUGGGAAUAAUCUCCAGAGUUCCAGGUCCUUGAAGUCCAUAGAGGAGAACGUCCCCUGGAGAAAGUUCUACAGCAGACUUACCGACAACUGUAGAAAGUUCUAGAGUCUAGAGUAGACUACUCUAGAACUUUCUCCAGUUGUCGGUAGGUCUACUCUAGAACUUUCUGCAGUUGUCGGUAGGUCUACUGUAGAACUUUCUCCAGGGGAUGUUCUCCUUUCUUGCCUCCAGUCUUUAAGUUUAGUCUCACUUAGAACAUUCCAGGUCCUUGAAGUCCACAGAGGUGGGUCCAGAUUUAUCACUUUUUAAUGUAGUAGGUCUACUCUAGAACUUUCUACAGGGGACAUUCUCCUCUACGGACUUCAAGGACCUGGAAGUUUCCAGUUCUGAAUGUUCUAAGUGAGACUACACUUAAAGACUUAGGGAAGGAAAGUAGACCUACAGACAACUGGACAGAUCACUGAUUAAUAUUUUGGACCACCUCUAUUUUACUUCAAGGACCUGGAACUCUGGAAAUAUUCCCUGUCUGAAGGUGGAACUCUGAUCAUUAAUAAAGUUGCUGGAGAUAAAGAACCAGGAGAUUCUGAGGAGGUUCUGGAGGAACUAUUUCUUGCUGUUUUCUCAGAGAAUCCCUUGUGAUGUUUCUGGAGCAGCUCAACGGUUUUUCUUGGUCACUUCUUGCGCCUCCAGCAGAUUCUUCAUGAGUUAGAAUCUAUUAUCAUGGAUUUGGGACAUGCUGCUCCAAAACAUCCAACCUUAAACUCCCUGUGGUGACAUAUUCAGAUUUCAUACAUUAGCACAUUUCAUUUUAAAUUCUCCUGCAUGGAAAUCACUGCUGUUAGUUUUAUUUAAAGUCGCAUUAAUGGUGAUGCAGAUUUAAAAGACGACAAUAAUUAUGUGCAGAUUUUUUAGAAUGAAUGCAGAUCAGUGGUUGUUUGUGUUUAACUGAGGUCAAUGUGAAAGAGUUUUAUAACAUUUCUUAGCUGAACAGUGCAGAAGGAGGCUGCUGAAUCAGAUUUUUAUCCUUUUUCCUUGAAAUUAUGGUUUAACUUUAACGGAAUAUCACUCUUCUGUCAGUAUGACACAGAAUGGCAGAAAUCUGAAUUAAAUUCACAUUAUUUCUUUUAGAAAUAAGAAAUGUCGUCUCCACAUUAUAGACCAUUACUAACUUCUAUUUUUAAUUUGUUUUUAUGAUUUUCUCUGUGAAAUACUGCCUGCAGUUCAGCCAAAAACAGUUUUGUCAUGUAAAUUAGUUAAGCGUUUCUGUGAUUUUCACCAGAUUUUAUUGAUAAUUUAACAAAACUGGGGAAAUAAAAUAAACAUUUAAAGAAUUAAUUAUUUUUCAGUCCUAAAUAUAACUUUUUUUCUUUCAAAUAACAUGUGCAUAGAGAAUUUUAUUUCUUACAAAUUUAAAUAGUUUGUUUUUUUUUAAAUGGUGUCAUUUUAUAGUCAAAUGUAAAAAUCACUCGUAUAAUUACAGAUGUUUGAUAUGAACAUUAUUUGCAGUUUUGACUCGUUUUAUUACAGUUAACAUAUAAAUUUAAACUUUAUUUUACAGUGAUUUUACUAAACAUGAUCUGUAAUUUAACAAAACAGGGGAAACUAAAAUAACAACAAAUUGUUUUAAAAUGAUUACAGUUAAAAUUGUUUCAAAAAAGCCCCAGAAAUUGCAAAAUAAAAUAAGGUCUCUCUGAAACGAAAGAAAAAGAUGCUAAAAAAUAAAGCAUUAAAUGUCCAAAAAAUUUUAAAUGUGUAAAAAUGAAUAAAAUACCCAAAUGUUUUGAAUAAAAUGUCUUUAAAAUAAGUCAAAGGUCCCAAACUGUUCUCAAAUUAGCACAAAAAUAAAUAUUAAAAGUCUCAAAAAUGUCAAUUUAGUGGCCAAAAAUGUAAAAUAAAUACAUAAAUGAAAUAAACAAACCAUGUUUCUAAAAUAUGCAGAAAAAAAUAUUCAUGAAAAAUGUCAAAAAAUAUGAACAAAAUCUAAUUUUAGAUGUGGGAUUCUCUCGAGUUUUAACUUGUUUUAUAACAGUUAACGUGUAAAUUAAUACUUUAUUUGCGAUUUAACUAAAUACUAUCUGUCUUUUAACUUGUUUAACCCUCCAGUUGUCUUCAUUUACGGGCACCAAAAAAAAUUGUUCCCUUGUCUGAUAAAAAUCCAAAAACUCAGCAAAAUAUUCCCCAAAUUUAUAAAAAUUUGCAAAAUCUUCAGGAAGAAAAUUCCAAAAAUUCCUUAAAAGUUUUAUUUUUAAAAAAUCCCCAAAUUUGGCAAGAAAAAAAAAAUCUAACUAAAAAAAUGUACAUAUUUUCAAAAAAUGAAUAAAAAUCUUCCAAAAAAAUCCUAAAGAUAUCUAAAGUGAUUACAUAUAUAUCAGUAAAACUUCUAUUUUCUUUAAGAACAUUCAGAAAUUCCAAAUGUUCUGAAAGAAACAAUUUUUUUUAGCAUUUCUAUUUUUGCACCAAAAAAUGUUCAAAAAUGUCCCAAAAAAGUUGAAAAUGUAGAAGUUUUCACUGUGAAAAUAUAUAUUUUUUCUACAUUUUCAAACUUUAAAACUGGUCAAUUUGACCCGCAGGAUGACACGAGGGUUAAAACAUUAGAGUUAAAUUGUUCAAUUUUUACAGUAUGUUUUGUCAGAAAACCAAAUGAUUAAAAUUAGUCUUUAUCUCCAUCCUGAUUGGACCAUCCUGAUUGGACCGUCUGUCUGUCCGUCCGUCCAGCUGGCUGUGACGCUCCUCAGACACCAGUCUUCUGUUCUUCUCAUGUUUCGUGCUCUCAUGUGUUCCUCAGGACCACCGGUUCUCUGCUCUCUUGGUUCUGAGAUCAGACGUUUUGUACAGGAACUAAAGAGGUUCUAAAGUAUUUGAGACUUUUUGAUGUGUGUCGCUCAUAAACUGUGCUUUCUGUGUGUUUUCUUUGCUGCCGACAGACACUUUUUUAAGCUGUUCUCGCGGAGGAGUCGGGUUCUGUGGUGAUGUUCCGAGUUGAACUGAAGUCAUGAAGGUUCUGGAGCCGCCGGUUCCUUCUGUAGAGUUCCACAGCCGUUGCCCCACUGGGUUUUUAAUAUACUGUAUGUAAAGAAAAAAAAAGAAAGAAAAAGCUUCACUGUUUUAUCAAUUAUGCAUAUUUUAGAACUGUUCUGUUUGUAUUUCUACUUACAUCAUGGUUCCAAUGUGGUGAAAGUUCUGUUGAUUUGUGGAGAUGAAGUUGUUCAACUGUUUGCACAUCAGCUCACGAUACUUUAGAACCCAGAAGGUCACGUUAAAUCUCAGUUAUUCCCUGAAGACCUGCUUAGAACCAUCUGGUUCUUCAUCUCCGGUAACUUCAUUAAUGAUCCAAGUCCUACCUUCAUACUGGGAAUAUUUCCAGAGUUCCAGGUCCUUGAAGUCCAUAGAGGAGAACGUCCCCUGGAGAGUGUUCUAGAGUAGAAUAGGUAUACUUUCUACAGGGAACAUUCUCCUGUAGGAAGUUCAAGAGAAUUUUCUACAAGUUUAAGAAAGUUCUAGAGUAGACCCACUGACAACUGUUCAGUUGUCAGUGGGUCUACUCUAGAAUAUUCUCCAGUUGUCGGUAGGUCUACUCUAGAACUUUCUCCAGUUGUCGGUAGGUCUACUCUAGAACUUUCUCCAGGGGACGUUCUCCUUUCUUGCCUCCAGUCUUUAAGUUUAGUCUCACUUAGAACAUUUCAAGUCCUUGAAGUCCAUAGAGGAGAACGUCCCUGUAGAAAGUUGUCUGUAGGUCUACUCUAGAAAUUUCUUCAGGGGACGUUCUCCUUUCUGGCUUCCAGUCUUUAAAUCUAGUCUAGAACUUUCUUAAACCUCCUCUAUGGACUUCAAGGACCUGGAAGUCUCCAGUUUGGAAUGUUCUCAUUGAGAAUAGACUUAAAGACUUAGGAAAGGAGAACAUCCUGGAGAAAGUUCUAGAGUAGACCUACCGACAACUGUCCAGAUCACUGAUUAAUAUCUUGGACCACCUCUAUGGACUUCAAGGACCUGGAACUCUGGAAAUCUUCACAGUCUGAAGGUAGAACUCUGAUCAUUAAGUUACUGGAGGUGAAGAACCAGACGGUUCUGAGGAACUUUCAGAUUUAGCUGAUUCUAUGUGACAUAUGACCGAAGCUGGACUGAAUCUGGACUCGGAUCAGUUUCACAUGUUGGAGGUUUUGUUUGGUCACACGGUGUUCCACAACAUAAACACAACAAAUGAGUGGUUCUGUUCGGUGUUCUUCUGGUUUCCGUUUAGAGGUGGUCGAGAGCACGCGUGGUUUUUGUAAAAUAAGAUGUUCAUAUUUUACAUUGUUCUCAUGAACUUUGUUCUCUUGAAUUCAAAUAAACUUGGUAGCCACUUUUGAA